GGAUCUUUGGUUCUGUGUCCGAGCUGCGGCGGAGAGGAGGAGCAGGAGGAGCAGGAGGAGAGGAGGCGUGUGGUCGGGCCCGGGCCCGGUGGGGAGAGACGGAGAGGCGGCUGCACCAGGAGCGACAGCGCGUUGCUGAUGCAACCGGCUGGUGCACACACUGUCAAGUAAUUCACUUUAAAGAAAAUGUCAGUGAAUGACUGUGAAACGUCCACAGCCCCAAUGGAUUUGUAUGUGAAGGUGGCAGGGCAAGGAGACACAGUCCGAUUGCUGAAGUCAAACAAAGCACCAAAGGAUGAAAUUGAUGCUGCAGUAAAGGAACUGUUGGCAUUGAAGCUGAAUUAUGAAGCAUUGACUGGACAGGAAUACAAGGUUGGCGUGCCACCCACGAACUGCACCCCAACUAGCAGUGACAGCCCAGCUCCAGCAGAGGAUGAUGGUGACUAUGUAGACCCAUGGAACGUGCAGACAUCCAGUGCCAAGGGGGUGGACUACGACAAGUUGAUUGUUCGGUUUGGAAGUAGCAAAAUUGAUCAAGAGUUGAUCGAUCGAUUAGAACAACUCGCUGGUCAAAAGGCUCAUCACUUUCUUCGUCGAGGAAUCUUCUUUUCUCAUCGAGAUAUGCAGCAGAUCCUUGACGCCUUUGAAACAAAGAAAUCCUUUUACUUGUAUACUGGUCGGGGUCCUUCUUCAGAGGCCAUGCAUAUGGGUCAUCUUAUUCCAUUCAUCUUCACAAAGUGGCUGCAAGAUGUUUUCAAUGUACCUCUUGUAAUUCAGUUGACCGAUGAUGAGAAAUAUCUGUGGAAAGACAUAACGCUAGAACAAGCCUACAAAUAUGCGUUAGAGAAUACUAAAGACAUCAUUGCUUGUGGCUUUGAUGUGAAUAAAACCUUCAUCUUCUCCGAUCUGGAUUACAUGGGGCAAAGCCCAGGAUUCUAUCAAAAUGUGGUCAAAAUACAGAAACAUGUUACUUUUAAUCAAGUGAAGGGAAUCUUCGGCUUUGGAGAUAGUGACUGUAUAGGAAAGAUCAGUUUCCCUGCAAUACAGGCUGCUCCGUCGUUCAGCUCCUCAUUUCCACAAAUCUUUAAUGGAAGAAAGGAUAUUCAGUGUCUUAUUCCUUGUGCCAUUGACCAGGACCCUUAUUUUCGGAUGACACGAGAUGUUGCUCCAAGAAUUGGUUACUCUAAGCCAGCACUGUUGCACUCCAGCUUCUUCCCUGCACUACAAGGAGCACAGACGAAGAUGAGUGCCAGUGACCCUAACUCUUCCAUCUUCCUCACAGACACCCCAAAACAGAUCAAAACUAAGAUCAACAAGCAUGCUUUCUCAGGAGGUAAAGACACUAUUGAGGAGCAUCAGCGCCUUGGUGGCAAUUGGGAAGUGGAUGUAUCUUAUAUGUACUUGAGCUUUUUCCUAGAAGAUGAUGAGGCACUAGACAAGAUAAAACAGGAUUAUUCAAGUGGAAAACUACUCACUGGAGAACUGAAGAAAAUUCUGAUUCAAACACUGCAGCCGAUCAUAGCUGAACACCAAGCACGACGCAAGAAAGUGACUGAUGAAGAGGUGAAACAGUUCAUGACUCCUCGAAAACUGGCAUAUGACUUUUGAUGACAUGUUUCAAAAUUCACAAUAUAAAUGGAGAAUCAAGUUAUGGUUCAUUUGCUUAAAUCUUAACAUUAUGUUGAGGUUAUGUGUAUCAUGAUUAUGGGCAGAUAAUUCAUAAUAUAAAAAAAUGCCACUAAUUUAUAAACCUAUUAUUUCCGGCACAGUGGAGUUGAUUGUGAUCAAUCAUUCUCGUGGAACAUUAUUUACACAAUUUCACAUAAGCCCUUUCAAUAAUUUGCACUGAUUUCGAAUUCAGAAAAUCACAUGGGUCCCAACCUGAAACAUCGCCUAUCCAUGUUCUCCAAAGAUGCUGCCUGACCCGCUGAGUUACUCCAGCGGUCUGUGCCUUUUUCCGCAGAAAAUCACAAUUGCCUUUCUCCCUCACAGUAAAUGGUUAGUCAGAUUUUCUCGUCCAGAACUGCUCUGCUUCUGGCUAGUAUAAAGCAUUUUUUUUAAAAAACCAAGCAAGGUCGCUCCUUCAGAUUUUUUUUUAAAUUCAUGGCUUUGGAAAAGUUACAUGUAAGUGCACAAAAUACUGCAGAUCAGGCAGUAUCUCUGGAGAACAUGGAUAGGUGAUGUUUCGGGUCGGGACCCUUCUUCAGACUGAUUGUGGGGGAAGGUGGAGCUUUGGAAAUGGUCUUUGUGUGACAAGUUUCAUCAUCUGUAGCGUUUGUGAGCAGAUUGAUAAUAUGCCAUUAUUCAGUCUGAAGAAAGGUCUCAACCCGAAACAUCACCAAUUCCUUCUCUCCAGAGAUGCUGCUUGUCCCGCUGAGUUACUCCAGCAUUUUGUGUCUACCGGCCAUUAUUUCUCCUCUAUCCCAUUUAAGAAAAAAUGCUAUCAACUGUGGAUAAUAAAAAUCCCAUUCUUCUA